AUGGCUCCACCAUCCCAAAAAUCUGCAACAAAAACAGACGAGCAGGUCGCGGCGCAGUUCACAUCCUACUACCUGCAGCGGGCAACCAAGGAGUUCGCCGAGGACCUCGACCGCGUGCGUAACGCCGACGACUUCAAGAACGAAGCGCUGCCUAUUCUGAUCAACGCGCUGCAGCAGGGCACGCGCAUGUUCUCGCCUGAGGAACAGCGACGGAUCGUGACCGCCACAGCGGCGGCGUCGUCGGCUUCAUCGAAACAGGGAGAGGAUGAGUGA